UUCAACGUGUGUGACACUUUUCCGCUGCGGGAGGGUUUAGGUUUAUUGUUCACUUAUUUUUUCGGUUCUUCGGCAUUUCAAUAUUUCAUCAAUAACACGGAUGCUAUAUCAUAGCACUUGUAGUGCUUCGUUGCACGAGAAUGGAAUAUUCGACGAUAAUAAAGUCCGUUAAACGGACUAGACGCAUUAAUUGUGAGCGAGGAUAGCGACCGGCACACGAUCAUGGCAAUAUCCAGUUGGAUGAUUUGGGGCAGAAGCCUCCGCACGAACAGAACUCAUCGCAGUCAGCAAGACCACGAAAGCAGCUGUGUACAACUCGAUCUGUCAAAAGAAUUGAAAGAGAAUAUCAGAGAUGUCUUGACACAUGUUUGUCAGCGUCAGGGAAUUGCCAGUGUUAAAAAAUUGGCUUACUUGAACGCGGUAAUAAGACUUAUAUGCGAAAACAACGCGCCUGAUUAUGGCUACUGCACAGAAGAAGUAUUUUGCUGCUUGCGAGUUGCGCUUGUAAACGAGGCAACGCAGGUACGAGCGGCAGCAUUGAGAGCGGUGCGUUACAUGCUGAAGAGCGAAAACGAUGUGAUGACGUUAAACAAGCUGCAUUAUCCGUAUUUCGUAGCACGCAGCAUGGACAUAAAUCUUCGAAACGAUAUGGAAAGGAUGCAAGCAUUGAGGCUAGUCCGUAGGAUAUUGGUGAUAGCUCCGCGACACUUCAGUCCGGUAUUGGCGAGAUCAUUGAUAAGUUUAACGAACGGUGGUAUAGAGGAGCGUGAACGAACGUUUCGUGUUUUUUUAGCGACGGUUUGUGAGUUGGGAGUGUUGAAUUCGAGUUUGUUAAUAAGUUGCGGCGGUGUGGGAGCACUCGCGAGAUCAGCAAUGACGGUACAGAGCCCAGCGAUAAUCGAAUCGGUGGUUGGUGUGUUAUUGCAUCUCUUGGAUAAUCCAGAGACACGUGGUAGCGUAUCGUUGUUGUGUUUAGCAUCACCUUACUGCGAAUUGCAUUCAUUGGGCCAAGAUCGUACGAAAGAAACUCGUGAAAUGAGAUUUGCUGCGAGACUGAAGGCAAUCGUGGAAAUUCUGUACGUAGAUCAGCUCGAAGUACGAGGAGCCGUGUUGGAAUUUUUAUACGAAUUGCUGGGAUUACCACUGCCAAUGUGGACGGAUGAACCGGAUGUAGCAUUGGCUGCCGUCGAUCCAAGUCGUCCACGCGAAACAUGGAAAUUAUCAGAAGGUUUUGUAGCCGCUGAGGGUAAAUCAAUUUUACCAUCUUUCACGUCUCGAUGUCCAAACAUAAUGGAAGUUCAUCUGGCACUUUUAGUAUACGUUUUAUUACAAUGCGGACUUCAUCAUGCUCUGACCGAGACCGUAUUGUCUUCCGACACUUUUAUCUCCGUAAGAGCUGCCGUACUCCUGGGAAUACUUUUACACCUGGCGCAUUCGCUCUUGCCUUCGGACGUAUGCGAUCUCACUCCGCCGUUGCCAAAUUUAUUGGAGCACGCGAGCACGGGACGUCAUCAGGCGCUCGCUGCCGUCGCUAUUCUUGGACGUAUACACGCGAUUAUGAGACGUAGAUUAACGCCGGCGAGCCUUUUCCUCGAUCGUAUACUUCAGGCCGGUACUUGGCUUCGUCCAACUUUGCCAAGGCGGGCUAAAACGUCAUCGAGAACUUGGCUACGAAGAGAAUCACCAACGACACCUCUUCUAAAAGACGCUCAAGUUUUAAGCUCGAAAGAUGCUCUUGCUUGGAAUUGGCCCGUAAUACGCUCGAUAUUACGCUCCCGAGAGGAUUCUCUCCGUAUACUCCAUGACUCGGAUCAUCGAGUAUUUAUAAAACGUCUCGUACGAUAUUUCAAACCUUCGUCGAAUCGGUAUAGCCGCGUUGAAUUGGGAACUAACGCCACACUCGCCCGAGAAGCUACACUCGCUGGCUGCGACUUGGUCAAUUGUUUGCUCGAAAUGAACGAGCCCGAAGGGACCAGAUUGCUUAACGAAUUAAUCGGCGACAUAGCCGAACAGAUUGCCGCCAUUACAAGUUCACCAUCCGCUCACGACUGUCUAUUCUCACCCCGUCACAUGACCACGACAUGUUGCCAAAAAUAUUUUUUGUUCCUCGGUCAAUUGAGCCAUUCGGCCAAAGGUACCGUUAUCCUUAAAGGCUUUAAUCUUCUUGACAAACUUCAAGAUUUGGCCCUCGCAACGAAUCAUGAUUGUUACGUUAAAUUAAUAGUCUCUAGUCUUGAUUAUUCGAGGGACGGACCAAACCGUAAAGUCAUGAGUACUAUUAUAAGCGAGGCAGCUAUCGAGAACACGAGACUUUACGCUACGCUAUUUUUGCGUCUUAUACUAAGUGCAAAAAUGAUUGAUGCUCAUCAAUGGGCUAUCGCACUUUUGUGCUCCCGAAUAAUCGACAACAGUAAAUUAGUAGCGAGCGCUGCACUUGAUAUUCUUCACGAUGCCUGUAACGAGCCCGAAUAUCUUGAAGUCCUGUUUCAUCACGCGGGACGUGCCAGAGAUUGGAACGAUUGGUUGAGACACUUGGGCGACAACGGUUAUUUGCUCAAAAUACGAAUGUACGCCCUGCGAACCGCAUUCACCAGUUUUUCCUCGCCCACUGAAGAACUCGAGAGAUGGAUCAAACCGGAUGGUUUCGCCGAACGUUACGUUGGCCUUGUGGAGGGACAAAUUCACGAUUCGAUGACCAGACGUCAGAGAGACGAGAACGGAACGUAUUUGAGAAGAUCUACCAAUAUGCUGGUUCAACCGAAAGAUAUAUUUGUUCCUCCCCACUUAAUCGGUCAGCUCGUUCAACACGAAUUGGGUGUGCAACUCAUAUUGAGACGCAACGUGUUGCAACGUUUCGCUCGAAUUGUACAACGCUUCAAGCUGGAAUCAACCGGCCCGAGUGAUGGAAUUGCCGAGACUAAAACACGCGGAGGAUCGAGAAACGCGCGUUCCACAUUUGACGAAGGUCAUGUUAUGUCAGAGGGCUCCGGUGCUGAAGACAAUACCAGUGAGCCCAAUCGUCUGGAAACUAUAAUCGAUGCUGAAAUUAUGGAAACCAUUGAAAUUCGUACACCAAAAAAAACCGAAUCGAUGAUCGAAAUUCCACGAAAAUUCAGUAUCGAUGAUUCUCAACGUGUCACACCUGAAAUAUUUAUCCGGGACAAACAAAGCGGUGGCCUGGAAGAUCGAAUUUUAAAGGUCAAAGCUGCCUUAUGGGCUCUCGGACACGCCGGCACUUCCUCCUCCGGUGUCGAACAAUUAAAUCACUUAGGUGUCAUUGAAAUGAUCACGUCCAUCGCAGAAACAUGCCAAUAUUAUACUGUCAGAGCUACCGCUCUUUACACCCUUAGUCUCAUCGGUACGACACGCGCUGGCGCGGAUUCACUCGUCAACUUUGAUUGGCUCUGCGUCAGAUAUAAACGCGGUGAUCAAUGGCCCGUCGUAAAACCUACAAAUCCUUAUCCUCCGCCCAGUCCUCUUCCCGUACAGAGGCAUCAUCGUAGUCUCAGUGAUGGUAAACCUGAAAUACCCGAACCCAUUGCACGUAGAACGAGAAACCGUUCUGAGAGCGCAGCUACCGAUAUUGAAGCAAAACGUUACGCACUUCCCGAAAGAGGAGAAACUCCGAGUCCCGUGUCGAGUGUGCAAAGACUCAGUCAGCAAGACGCUGAUGGAUAUGCUCGUCUUCGAAGCUUGCAGAGACAUCGACGACCGAGUUAUUCGCAUAGUAGUUUGGAGAUGUAUAGCUCGGACGGACGACUCUCGCUGCAGAGUUUAUCGGAAUUCGAGUCCUCCCGGAGCUGGACAACUGAUAAUGGGCCGACUUUGACUCCGCCGCCGGCACGAUCUACGGAAAAGGAUACUCAUGGCCCACAGUAUAUGGGAAUAUGUUUACCAAGAAAAUUGACAAUGAUUUUUUCUGAUCAGCCCCGCGUACCGUCGACUCACUUGAUGGACGAUCUUGAAAAAAGUAGUGCUACCGAACCGACGAAUCAAGACGAAGAAUUUGGUUCGGAAUGUGACGCUGACAUUGAACACAGUCGCGUUUGUCUAGUCUGCUACCAGGGAAAAUCUGGACCAAAAGAGGAGUCUAUUGAUGAAAGCGAAAAAAAACUGCGCAGAGAAAUCUUGCGGCACACUCAACGUCUCUCGAAUCCUGUGUGGUACCGAUAUAGUCGUCAGCCCUUGCUGAGGUUACGUCAACGUUACCCGGAAAAAUUUCAGGAUACAUGCCUAUUUUCCGAAGUCGCAGCUCGAUUAGGUUGUGGGACUUACAGGCUUCCGGCACGACGAUUCCUUCAAGAAUUGUUUCUCGAGUCUCCAUUCGAUGCUUUGUAUAAAGAGCCGAUGAUAAUACUAAAAAUGCCAAUUGGUACGGAAGAAAAUCCAGCUCAAAUGGUAACGCCCUUCCGACAUGGGGAAUCAUACAGAUUAUCGGGAUUAAGUCCAUCGGCACGAACAUUAAAUGGAAGAUUGACGAUCGCGGAAACGGGAAUGGAACAACAGCAAGAAAUGGCAUUCGAGUCGACGAGAAACAAAGAAGAUUCGGGUGAAGAUGAAAAAGGAAAAACUUUGCGUCCCGAGACUGGGGAAGUUGUCAAAAAAAGAGAGAGGCUAAGCGACGAGAAAAUAAUAGCUGAAAUAUUGAAACCAGCCGAGAUGUUACAAAUAUCCAAGAGUUCCACCAAGUUAUUAAAAGUAACAGGUACAAACACUGCCAUCAGCCUUGAUUAAUUUACUCCUCGACUCUUAAUUACUUGUACAUAUUUUACAUUAAAGUAAUUAUACAAUAGAAACAAAAUGAAAAUAAUAAUAAUUACAAUAAUUAUAAUAAUAACAAUAAAAACACACUGCCAGAAACGGGACGUCGUUAUUCGAUGAAAGAAAUCAAACAAACGAAAACAAUGUUUUUUUUCAUUUUCCAAUUCCUCUUACUACCGACGUAUUCUAACAUUGAAUUGCAAUAGUUAUUUAUUCAGAUUUAAAAUCCACAAAUUAUUUAUUCAUGCUUUCAGAACUGUUUAAUAUUGAUAAUUUGUACAUAAAAAUAAAUUUUUGAUUAUUGAUGAUGUAUACGUGUACGUAAUUUGCUCAUAGCAAAUGGAUACAACGCGAGAAACUACCGACACUGGACAGCCAUAAACGUUGGUUUUAGCAACAUAUUUGAUGAUUUUAUAAGAACAUUAAGAAGGUCAAGGUCAAAGUUGCCUGAGAAAUAAACUACAAGUGUACCGUC